GGAACUAUCGGUGCCUCUAUUCAUACUAUUCAUACAUACAUGGAAAUUCAUUCUAUGGGUGGUCAGAGCCCAGUGACCUCCUGGAGCUGGUGGUGACAGGCCUCUAUGCCCCGCCCUCCCUGGCAGCCCUGCCCAGGUCUGAGGUGGCCUCAGGACAGGACAUGACACUGCAGUGUCGGUCAAACUGGUGGUAUGACAGGUGUGUCCUGUACAAAGAUGGAGAAGAGAUCACCCACAGCUGGACUUGGAGCCUUGAAAGGGGGCAUCAGGCUGACUUCUUCUUCCCUGCUGUGAAUCAGACCCAUGAUGGCACUUACCGAUGUUACCGCUUUCAUAGUUCUUCCCCCCAUCUGUGGUCCUCACCCAGUGCCCCCCUGGUGCUCAGGGUCUCAGGGACCUUCUCUCCAAGCCCUGAAUCUGAGAACAGACUCUCAGAUGCUGCUGCCCAGGAUUACACUGUAGGCAAUCUGAUUCGCCUCAUCUUGACUAGUCUUGUCCUCGUCCUCAUGGGGGUCCUGCUGACUGAACACUGGAACACCUCCAGGGAGUAA